UCUCCACUCCCUCUCUAUCCAUUCCUCUUCCUCUUUCUGCCCCUUCGCCGCACUUCGCCUCUUUUGCCUUCACGCCAUCGCCGCACUCUCUCUCUCUCUCACACUCUCUCGCAUGCUGCCGUUAUAGCUUGUGAACUGAGAGAGAGUGAGCGAGAGAUUUGGUUUGUGAAGGGGAGGCAUGGUGGCCAUGGCGCUUACGCAGCCCGUGGCCGUGCAAGGAGCUAUUUGCGCGGCAGCGCAAGCUGCCGCGCAGGCGAACGCGGGGUCAGGAUUGUGUGUGUGGCGACCGUGGGGGAUGCGGCAGCAGCAGCUGCGGGGGAAAUUGGGAUGUGUUGUGGUAGGGGGCGGUGUGUCGAAGUUGGGGAUGCGAGAGGUAAAUCGGAGAAGAGUGGUGGUGGUGGCUGCUAUGGUGGAUGACGAAGGAGGGGAGAAUGGUAGCGUGGACGGAGCUGCGAGUAGGGGGGACGAGGUGGCGCCGGUGGAGGGUGGCGCUGCUGCUAAUGUGGAUGCGGCGUUCCAGAACCGGAGAGACGUACUUCUUGAGUAUGUGAAGAAUGUGCAACCCGAUUUUAUGGAGCGCUUCGUUCAAAAAGCCCCCGCUCAGGUAGUGGAUGCCAUGCGGCAAACUGUGACCAAUAUGCUGGGUUCUCUCCCACCGCAAUUUUUCAAUAUUCAUGUUUCUACAAUAGCCGAGAAUCUGGCGCAGCUCAUGUACAGCGUGAUGAUGACUGGAUACAUGUUCAGGAAUGCCCAGUAUCGACUAGAAUUGCAGCAGAGCUUGAACCAGGUCGCUCCUCCGGUUGCAAGCAAUGCUCUGACCGACUCCAGGUAUGCACCAGGAACUCAAAAAUCAACGGUGAGUGGAGAGGUGUUGAGAUGGCAUAAGGACGAAGAAAGGCCAGAGAGUGUGGAUGCAGUUGAGUACAUCGAGUUGCUCGAAAACGAAGUCGAGCAGCUGAGGAAACAGCUUGAAUUGAGAGGGCGGGGCAAAAAUGAACUUUUGGAGUACUUGAAGUCUUUGCAACCUCAGAAUUUGCAGGAGCUGACAACAAGUGCCGGAGAAGAUGCACUUGAGGCAAUGAAUACUUUUAUAACCCGCUUGAUUGGAGUUGCUGAACCAGACCAGCUGAAGAAGACAGCAACACAAACCACUACAGCUGAAUUAGCAAGGAUACUUUACUGGCUGAUGGUAGUAGGCUACAGUAUCCGAAGUAUUGAAGUGCGAUACGACAUGGAACGUGUUCUGGGUGUUCCUCCCAAGCUUGCCGAGCUGCCACCGGGAGAGACCUUGUAAACCUGCAUCGACUAUGCUUAAACUGUGUGAUAGAACUGUGCUAGUGGUUUUUACUUAGAACAUCCCUUCAGCUCUAGCUGGACCUUCAACGUCUGACAUGUAGGCUAUUGACCUCCACUUGAGAACUGAUCAAGUUUGGAAAUUAUGGCUAUUUUCAUUAAAUUGAGUAUGGUUGGAAAUUCGUAGCGCAGUAGUGUAAUCAAAUCCUUUCAGAGCUGAGUGUUCUGUCUUGUGCAAAUAUUUGAAUUUCUAAACUGCAAAUGGUGUGUUGUUUAUGAUUCUAAA